AUGAGAGUGAUGAGUCACAAGAAUCAACUUCCACUCGUGACAAACCACUUGGGCUUGAACUUUUCUUUAGUUUGCAUCAACCAGAUUCAUUCAACACGAGGAGCAUCUGGUGAAUUGGAGAGAACGGGAAUUUCUCCUCCUCUUGUUUUUCUUUCUUAUUGCUGCUACCGCUUUAUUUCGUUGUCUCCUUCCCUCAACAAACAAAUCCCCUUACAUUCUUCUUCACUUUCUUCUCUGCAACUCUCUCACCUUGCGUCUUUACGAUCAUCACUCAAACGACGCCGUUUCCUUCCAAUUCCUCUGCCGUCGAUUGUCCUUUAUUAUUUCCAUUUUCUCUCCUUCAUUUCCGUCCUUCUGUCAGAAUCUUGUUCACGAUCAUACACUUUGUCCGUCUUUAAUUUUCGGUUUCUUGGUACUGUUGGUGUAUUGUACGCUAUUAUUUCUACAUAUUCUGAUGGUGUUAUAGGUCCUUUUCUAUCUUGGAUUAACGGGGAGACUAUAGAAUUGAUGAGUGACGACUAUGGCAUGUUCAGUACUCAGGAUAUUAGCAUUACAUGCCGCAGUUAUGUUCCCAGCUAUUGUUCUGAGGAUGUUGUGGCAAUAAAGUGGUCACAUCGAAUGUUUAGUGAUGAAAGCUGUCAUUGUGAACUGUUACAGGAAAUUUAUGGAGGAUGGAAUUUUUCAUAUACCAUUGUUAUAGUUCUAAUCGAUGCUAAAAUAUGGAUGUUGGUAAACCUAUCUGCCCGUAAAACUUCUUGUAGAAUGCUUGUUCUCUUAAUAUGUAAUCUGCUAUGGAAGUGGCUCUGUUUAGUUGGGGCUGGGCAUACCAUAAAUGGAGGAGGCUGCUAUAGUGAUAUGCAUCUUCUCUUAAAUGACAUAGACUGCCCUCUAUGUCAGUUCAGCUUCUGGUUCUGGGAACGGUUGGUUUCUCUAGUAAUGCAACAAUUCAUGGUUGGGAUUGGUGUAAUGCUGCAUGAUUCUUUAUUUCGAUGUGAACCUAUGAGUUCAUUGACAUGGAACCUGUUUGAUAGGCAUGAAGUAGAAGGUGCUCUUUCUGUAUCAGUGGAUAGAGGCAUGGGUAAAUGGCUUCAAUGGAAAAGAAAAGGCCGGCCAGAUGUAAUUGUAGUUACUAGGGAUAUUGAGGAGAAGACCUACUCUGAUCAUACACAUCUUACAUCAUCUCUAGGCAAAACCCUUAAAACUUUGCGAUCUGACUCGACUACAGUGUCUAUUUUGACAGAGAGAUUUCAAGUGACAGUUAUGGGGCAUAGACACUUCUAUAACACAUCUCCAUUGUUUGAGGGUGAGCCUGACCAAAACUGGAAUCAUAUGCACACUGAUCAACAAAAUGUGCACCUUGGUAGAACUAGCACUUCAGAGAAUGGUUCUUUUGCUUAUCCUGCAGACAAUAUGUCUAUAGAUGGCAUAUCUUUCCCUUCACAUUGGAACUCUUCCACAAGGUCAAAUGGAUAUGCAUCCUCAGGUCACAACAUUGAUGUGCCUCCUCAUCAGUCAGAUGCAUCGGGCACUUCUAAUGAUCAUUUUGUGCAUUCAUCUAGUGCUGGAGCAUUCUUUACAGUGUCAGAAAAUUAUGUACACCAGCCUUCUUCUUCCAAUUAUGACAGACAAACAUUUCAUGUUGAUGGUGGUUUUGUUGAUCUUACAAUGGGAAGUGGACAAGGCCCUCACAAACGUAAGAGCCCUGGAAUUCCUCCAGUCUAUGAGAGAGGCAGUACAAGUAGAUACUUCAAUGCUGGGAGUUCAACUGAUCUUCCUAUAUCUUCGGAAUUAUGGCAGGAGAAGCCAAGUAAUGAUUCUCAAUAUAUGCCCUGGGAUCAUUUUACUAUGACAUCCACAUUCAGAGGUACUGGCCUGUCAAUAAAGGGUGAGAGUUUUUUGCGGAAUGUGAGAAGCCGCACUGCACUUGAUUUGGAUUCCAACCUGACUAGGUCCCAUUUAUCAACUAAUCAUUCACACGAUUCCUACCCUACUCUCCCACCAGUUGACCAUUCUAGUUUGGUGGAUAUUUCUGGUCAGACUUCUGCUACAAUGACAAGGGAUUGGAGCCAAAUGAACAUAUCUCCAACUAAUGGAAGGGUCUUGUUAUCAGAUACAAGUGCUUUUGCUUUCGAGACUAGUCAUUUCCCUGUUGGAAGUGGGGCUACUGCUAGCAAUGCUUCUGUAGAUUUUGGGUGCUUCCAUCAUGAAUUUGGUGCAAACAGAAAUCCUACUCCUCCUCGAAGUUUUCAAAAUAAUCAAACUCAGACUGCAAGGGGAAUUCAAAGCAACUAUUCUCAAAGAUCCACUCCAACUCUUAGGGCUUCUUCCAGCUUGCGCUUGGGACAUGUGACGUCUUUGGAUGAUGGGUUGCCUAUGGUAGCUGAAAGUUACUCUUCUAGACAUCCAAGGCCAUUGAGCACCCUUGGCUGGCGGAAUGGUGAUAGAAAUGGGAGGUCAAGAAUUUCUAGUCAAAGAUAUAGGUCAUUGAUUGAGGAGAGUGGUCUCCACGAACGAUCUACCUCAGAGGGUUUCCUGCUUGUUGAGCGUGCAUCAGUGUAUGGUUCCAGGAAUAUGCUUGAUCAGCACCGAGAAAUGAGAAUGGACAUAGAUAACAUGAGUUAUGAGGACCUACUUGCACUUGGUGAGAGGAUCGGCUAUGUGAAUACAGGACUCUCUGAGGAUUUGUUUUCCAAAUGUUUGAUGGAAACAAUAUAUUGUUCAUCUGAGCUAGGUCAGGACGAAGGAAACUGUGUUAUAUGUCUGGAAGAGUACAAGAACAUGGACGAUGUUGGAACACUUAAAACUUGUGGACAUGACUACCACGUGAGCUGCAUUAAAAAGUGGUUAUCUAUGAAGAAAUUAUGCCCUAUCUGCAAAUCAUCUGCUUUGGCUGAUGAUACAAAGGAUAAAUAA